UGAAACCUCCAACAAUUCCUAUAUAAACUCCAACGCUAGCCAAAAACACUACGAGUUAAUCCUGCAUAAUCAUCAAAUCAUUACCGUAAGGAAUGUUGAAGUUAAUUAUGGGUGAAACUGAGAACGAACCAGGAAGCUCCAUGCAUGGAGUUUCAGCAAAAGAACGAGCCUUUGCUUUCUCAGUCGCUUCCCCAAAAAUCCCAACAGACCCCACUGCAAAAUUUGCCCUACCCGUCGAUUCUGAACACAAAGCCAAAGUCUUCAACCUUUUGUCAUUUGCCAAACCCCACAUGGUCACCUUUCAUCUCUCUUGGCUCUCUUUUUUCACUUGCUUCGUCUCCACUUUUGCAGCAGCUCCUCUUGUCCCCAUCAUCCGAGACAACUUGAACCUCAAAAAAGGCGAUAUCGGCAAUGCCGGCAUAGCUUCCGUUUCCGGUAGCAUUUUCUCUAGGCUUGUAAUGGGAGCAGCAUGUGACCUACUAGGACCCCGUUACGGUUGCGCUUUUCUUAUUAUGUUGUCAGCCCCAACAGUGUUUUGCAUGUCAUUCGUUUCAUCUGCAGGAGGAUAUAUAGCUGUGAGAUUCAUGAUUGGUUUCUCCCUUGCAACAUUUGUGUCAUGCCAAUAUUGGAUGAGUACUAUGUUCAAUGGAAACAUCAUUGGACUCGUCAAUGGGACGGCAGCCGGUUGGGGAAACAUGGGGGGUGGAGCCACUCAGCUUAUUAUGCCGCUCAUUUUUGAGUUAAUCAAGCAAGCUGGUGCAACUCCAUUUACUGCUUGGAGGAUUGCAUUUUUCAUACCAGGAUGUUUACAUGUGAUUAUGGGGAUUUUGGUGUUGACAUUAGGCCAAGAUUUGCCUGAUGGGAACCUUAGUACUUUGCAGAAGAAAGGAGAUGUCCCAAAGGAUAAGUUCUCUAAGGUCCUCUGGUAUGCCAUCACAAACUACAGGACAUGGAUCUUCGUUCUUCUCUAUGGAAUGUCUUUAGGUGUUGAACUAACCACUGAUAAUGUCAUUGCAGAGUAUUUCUUUGACAGGUUUAACCUCAAGCUCCGUACAGCCGGCACCAUCGCUGCCACUUUUGGCAUGGCAAACAUUUUCGCACGCCCCAUGGGAGGGUUCUUGUCCGAUCUAUCUGCACGUCGGUUCGGCAUGCGCGGCCGGCUCUGGAACUUGUACAUCCUUCAAACUCUAGGCGGCAUCUUUUGUAUUUGUCUUGGAAGAGCAAACUCUCUCGACCUUUCCAUCACCUCUAUGAUCCUCUUCUCCAUUGGCGCACAAGCCGCUUGCGGAGCUACCUUCGGGAUCAUCCCCUUUAUUUCUCGUAGAUCUCUGGGUGUCAUCUCGGGCCUAACUGGAGCCGGUGGGAAUUUCGGGUCUGGUUUAACUCAACUGCUGUUCUUUACAAGCUCGAACUACUCAACUGAGACAGGAAUUUUCUACAUGGGGAUCAUGAUUGUGGCAUGCACAUUGCCUGUAACGCUAGUUCAUUUUCCACAAUGGGGGGGCAUGUUGCUCCCUGCUUCAAAGCAUGGGGAGAAAUGUAGUGAAGAGUACUACUAUGGAGCUGAGUGGAAUGCGGAGGAAAAAGAGAAAGGGUUGCACCAUGGAAGUCUCAAGUUUGCUGAGAAUAGCAGGUCUGAGAGAGGUCAAAGGGUUGGUUCUGCAGCAACACCUCAAACUUCAACUACAGAAGAUGUAUAGAUAUUCAUUUUGUUGAUACCUACAAGGUUUAAACUUGAACUUUGUCUAUAAUAUUAUCUAUUUCCAGCUUAUGAGUUUCAUGGUGAAAA